AUGCCCGAGUCACGACUGCCAUUCGAGCUUGAAAGAGAGAUUUUCGAAACUGCUGCAUUACUUUAUCGUCGGUGCAUUCCUCGCCUGCUGCGGGUCGCUCGCCGUGUCCUUGUCUGGAUAGAGCCUUUCCUAUACCACAGUUUAAAGAUAGGAACGCGCCAGCUUCCGAAUAGUAUGCCGGUCCCAGUUUUGGGUGGCUACCUCGACUCUCCGUCACAGUGUCUGCGCGCAGCCUUGGAGAAGACGGACGAGUUCCUCCAGCACGCGGUCCGGCAUCUUGUCAUAGGCUCGCGGUAUCCACAGCAACUUUCCCAAAUGACGAGCGCCAGCAGAAAUAAGCUAGCAAAUAUGACCGGCGUCGCCUUCCUCGCCAUUGCGGCUGCAUCACCCGCCGGCGACCACAGCGCACAGAUACUCCCGCUCAUUUCGAAGAUGUCCGUUCUGCGCCUCGCCUGCUCCCUGGACGAUGUCGUUCACCGUUCCAUGCUGGGGAAUAGUGAUCCUCAGACAAUCGCCGCCCUCCCCAUUUUCCGCCGCCUCACCCAUUUCGAUGUUUUCGACAACGACGGCACACGCACCGCCGCGCUCUUUGCUGUCCUCACACAACUCCCCGCGCUGACCCAUCUCGCAAUAUCAGGCGCGCAUGUCGACGAGGACGAUCCCGAUCGCAUGAAAGUGAUUCGGGAGUUUCUUGCAAUGUGCCCGAGACUGCGGGUCUUAGCGUGCCCCCUUGCGGCAGGGCUACUCGACUCUGCUGAGCCGAAUGCGGGCAUAAGCUACACUUUUGACAUCCGUUUUGUGGGCGGAGGCGCUUGUCGCCGCUCGAAGAUCUGCAUUGGCAACAGCCUCAAAGCAGACGGACAUGGAGAUCGUUUGAAGGGCGCGACUUGCGUUGAUUCGAUUUACCAAUAA